AUGUCUUCCGACGACGAACGCCAGAAGGCUCUCGACUCCUACCGGGCCAAGCUGCUCGAAUCCCGGGAGUGGGAGGCCAAGCUCAAGUCCCUCCGGCUCGAGAUCAAGGACCUGCAGCGGGAGUUUGACAGAACCGAGGACAACAUUAAGGCGCUGCAGAGCGUCGGACAGAUCAUCGGCGAGGUGCUCAAGCAGCUCGAUGACGAAAGAUUUAUCGUAAAGGCGUCGUCCGGUCCGAGAUAUGUUGUCGGAUGCAGAUCGAAGGUCGAUAAGGUCAAGCUCAAGCAGGGCACGCGAGUGGCUCUCGAUAUGACGACACUCACCAUUAUGCGUAUGCUUCCCCGAGAAGUGGACCCCCUCGUUUACAACAUGUCGCUGGAGGACCCCGGUCAAGUCAGCUUCGCCGGAAUCGGUGGCCUCAACGACCAAAUCCGCGAGCUGCGCGAGGUCAUCGAGCUGCCGCUCAAGAACCCCGAGCUCUUCCUGCGCGUGGGUAUCAAGCCGCCCAAGGGUGUCCUGCUGUACGGCCCCCCCGGUACGGGCAAGACGCUCCUUGCCCGUGCUGUGGCGAGCAGUCUCGAGACCAAUUUCCUGAAGGUGGUCUCUUCAGCAAUCGUAGACAAGUACAUUGGAGAGUCCGCCCGCCUGAUUCGUGAGAUGUUUGGCUAUGCAAAGGAGCACGAGCCCUGCAUCAUCUUCAUGGACGAAAUCGACGCCAUUGGUGGUCGCAGAUUCUCGGAGGGAACUAGUGCGGAUCGCGAGAUCCAGAGAACGCUGAUGGAACUGCUCAACCAGCUCGACGGUUUCGACUACCUUGGCAAGACCAAGAUCAUCAUGGCGACGAACCGACCUGAUACCCUUGACCCCGCCCUGCUCCGUGCCGGACGUCUCGACCGUAAGAUCGAGAUCGCCCUCCCGAACGAGGUCGGCCGCUUGGAAAUUCUCAAGAUUCACGCCUCCGGCGUGGUGACGGAGGGCGAGAUCGACUUUGAGAGCGUGGUAAAGAUGAGCGACGGCCUCAACGGUGCAGAUCUGAGAAAUGUUGUCACAGAAGCCGGCCUGUUUGCCAUCAAGGACUACCGAGACGCGAUCAACCAGGACGAUUUCAACAAAGCGGUACGCAAGGUCGCCGAGUCGAAGAAGCUGGAGGGUAAGCUCGAGUACCAGAAGCUAUAA